AUGUUUUUAAUAUCAAAAAUAGUACGUGGUAGGCGAUUGUUGCAUGAACUUGAAAAUGAGAGUGAAAAAAAAACGGCACAGGAGGCGAGUGUAACAGAAUCCUCAACGACAGUCGGUCGGCAAAAUGCACAAGCAACUCGGGCUGAAAAAUCAAUAGGUGAAAUGUCACAGUCUGGAGCAGGACCAUCUAAUGCAAAUACAACAUAUGCAACAGCUACGCCAUUAUUUCGCAGGAAAACUAUCAAGCAGAAGAGAGAUUCCUCAUUACCGGAUGGAGUCGAAACGGAUUUAGACAUCGAUUUAAGCGAUUUCACAAUGCCUCUUCAUUUACGUCGAUCAUCCAGCAUGCCAAGUGUAUCCGAUCCUAUCAUUAGACCGGUUUUAAAACAUUAUGAUUAUAACUCAAGAUUGAAUCGACUCCAAAAACGACUCCUUCGCUUUACCUGGCAUCGUUUGCAAACCAGGAAUGGUGGAAAGCGGGUGACAAAUGUUUUCGAAGAGGUUUACGAGCGCCUUCUAAAGCACUUACCUGGAAUUUGGGAAAUGUUCACAACACGAACUUUUUUAUCUGCAAUGUCACGAAGUGAAACUGCCACACCAAGGGAUCAUGCGAAGGAAACAGUGAAAUUGAUCGAUUAUGCGAUUAAGAAUUUGGAAGUAAGCGAUAAGGAAAGGAAUGAUACAGGCAGUGAUUACGAUCCUUUCUUACUCGGUAAAGCACAUGGCAUACUUCGACCAUAUGGUUUCACCGGGAAUUACUGGGAGAAACUUGGCGAAAUUAUUGUUGAUGUAGUGUUAGCGCAAGAAGCUGUUAGGGAUUUACCUGGUGCUGGCCAAGCUUGGGUUAUAUUCACUGCAUGUCUUGUUGACCAGCUAAGAGCCGGAUUUGACGAUAGCAAAAGCGGCUUGAUACCAACUACUGGAAUGUUCCAUCAGAAAUUUAUUUGUGGUAUUGCAAAUUCUGAUAAUGCAGUCGAUCAUUAUCACCAUCCAUUUCUAUCCACUGACAGAGCUUAUUACUCAACAGCGAGUCACUCCAAUGUCAGUCAAUCAAUUCCACCAGAAUACACUUCAACAAUAAUAUCGAAAGGAAGUGGAAGCCCAACUUUUGAUUCAGGUAUGUCACAAAGAUGUGAAAGACGAAAUUGUCCCAUACCUGUACCUGUAGCAGAACAUAAUAGCUCAACAUUUCGAAAUAGUAGACGAAAAAGUUCAAUACGCUCCAUAGCAGGCAUGAAACAAUCCAAAGGUACGAGUAAUUAUUACUCACCGCGGAAUUUAUCAUCCAUUCAUGAGGAUUCCAGCAAUGCUCAGAUAUUGAAUCCGGAAUCAAUUAUGGAACAAUAUAUUAUAUGA